AUGCGGACUGUGGAAUCGGUGCUAGCCUAUCGCAAUAAACAGAAGGAAAAACUCCGCCACGAUUAUGGGCUGACACCUCAAACUGGGAGCCAAAUACUGUUCAGAAGACACCUGUGCCACAGGCCGAGUGGACAGGGAAGGCGGAAGACCAGCGCUCAGACAACUGCGACAGAAACCGGCUGCGGCCGCACUGCAGCAGGGCAGAGGGUGCCGUUAAUGAUGGCCAAAAGGGGAGAACGCCAGCUGCAGUUGGAACAGCUGUUCAUCACUUUGCACAGAAAACGUGGGAAAAGUUUAUUUUCAACAAUACACGAGAGAAGAAAUGAUUUACUUGGAUUAAACAGCUAUAGAAAGACAAGAUUGGACCCAAAAGGCAUGAAGUCCAGUCCUGUUAGGUCAUUAAUAGUUCCAUGGAGUUCUGAAAAUGGAGAUUCUACAUUUUACUUUAUUUUAUGCAGGAAGAAAUUAAACAUAGAAAAGCAAAUAAAGGUAAAUAAUUUGCUUCAAGUAAGAAACCAGGAUUUGGACCAAAGUAGUCUAGUUUUGGAGGCUUCACUCUUACACACUACACUCUACAACCUCUCUGCUGGACUUAUGCACCAGAAAAUGAAGAAAACACUUACACUGCACGAGCACACUGUGGAAUUUCUCACAGGUUCUCUUGCUGAUGGAAUUUUCGGCCAUGCAGAAAACAAAGAAUCGUACUGUGAGAAUUCCCAAGUCAAACAGCCUGGCUUUGUAUUCCAGUUGUGUGCAACUCACCCAUUCUGUAAAUUUUUUUCAGUGUAA